GCCUCACACAACAACUCUUCCCCGCCGAGAGGAGGCAGCCAGUGCGACUCCCACCGCCGACGACCCACUGCCUUCAGCCCGACGGCAGCCGCCCAGGCCGACAGCUCCCGAGACAGCAGCCCGGCGCGUCCCGACCCCGCCUCCGGCCCGAACUCGAGCCGCCCGCCCGGCCCGCCGCGCCACGCCCGCCCCGCCGCCGCCCGCCGCCCGCAGCGCCCCGACCAUGUCCGCCGCCGGCCUGGGCCCCGUCCGCUGCGCCUUCGUGCUCCUGCUCGCCCUCUGCAGCCGGUCCGCGUCCGGCCAAGACUGCGGCGGCCGGUGCCAGUGCGCUGCCGGCCCGGCGCCGCGCUGCCCCGCCGGCGUCAGCCUGGUGCUGGACAGCUGCGGCUGCUGCCGCGUGUGCGCCAAGCAGCUGGGCGAGCUGUGCACCGAGCGCGACCCCUGCGACCCGCACAAGGGCCUCUUCUGCGACUUCGGCUCCCCGGCCAACCGCAAGAUCGGCGUGUGCACCGCCAAAGAUGGUGCCCCCUGCGUCUUCGGAGGGACGGUGUACCGGAGCGGAGAGUCCUUCCAGAGCAGCUGCAAAUACCAGUGCACUUGCCUGGACGGGGCGGUGGGCUGCGUGCCCCUGUGCAGCAUGGACGUCCGCCUGCCCAGCCCCGACUGCCCCUUCCCACGAAGGGUCAAGCUGCCCGGGAAAUGCUGCGAGGAGUGGGUGUGUGACGAGCCCAAGGACCACACCGUGGUCGGCCCUGCCCUUGCUGCUUACCGACUGGAAGACACGUUUGGCCCAGACCCAACCAUGAUUCGAGCCAACUGCCUGGUCCAGACCACAGAGUGGAGCGCCUGUUCCAAGACCUGCGGGAUGGGCAUCUCCACCCGGGUUACCAAUGACAACGCCUUCUGCAGGCUGGAGAAGCAGAGCCGCCUCUGCAUGGUCAGGCCUUGUGAAGCUGACUUGGAAGAGAACAUUAAGAAGGGCAAAAAGUGCAUCCGGACCCCCAAAAUCUCCAAGCCUGUCAAGUUUGAGCUUUCUGGCUGCACCAGCGUAAAGACAUUCCGGGCUAAAUUCUGCGGCGUGUGCACCGACGGGCGGUGCUGCACCCCGCACAGAACCGCGACCCUUCCCGUGGAGUUCAAGUGUCCCGAUGGCGAGGUCAUGAAGAAGAGCAUGAUGUUCAUCAAGACCUGUGCCUGCCAUUACAACUGCCCCGGGGAUAAUGACAUCUUUGAGUCGCUGUACUACAGGAAGAUGUAUGGAGACAUGGCCUAAAGCCAGAGAGAGUGAGAGACAUGAACUCUUUAGGCUGUCACUUGAACUGAUUCACAUCUCAUUUUUGUGUAAACAUGAUUUCAGUAGCACAGGUUAUUUAAAUUUGUUUUUCUAACUGGGGAAAAGAAAAAUUCCCACCAAAUUCAAAAUCUUGUGCCAUAUGACAUUCAAACAGUCUGUCAACCCCAGACACUGGUUUGAAGGAAGUAAGGCUUGACCGUGGGACUGCAUUAGUGCAUAGCACCAGCAUGUAUGCUAGGAGCAGUGGGAGGGGACCAAUAGAAAGCCUUGUCAUCUUACAGUAGUGAUGUGCCUGCUAUUUGGAGUGUCACUGGGAAGGAAGACUCACUGACCUGCCUGUAGCUCCAGUGACAGCUAGGAUGUGCGUUCUCCAGCCGUCAUGAGGAUGAGUCAAGUUCUUCUCUAAGUCAUAACAGCAGAUUCAGCUCUGACCUUCUGAUUCGGAUGACAGUGUUCAGGAAUCAGAAUCAUGUCUAUUAGACUGGACAGCUUGUGGCAAGCUAAUUUGCCUGUAACAAGCCAGAUUUUUUUUUUAUUGAUACUGUAAAUACUGUGUGUAUAUAUAUAUAUAUAUAUAUAUUUGUACAGUUAUCUAAGUUAAUUUAAAGUUGUUUGUGCCUUUUUGUUUAUGUUUUUAAUGCUUUGAUAUUUCAAAUGUUAGCCUCAAUUCUGAACACCAUAGGUAGGACGUAAAGCUUGUCUGAUAACUCAAAGCAUGAAAUGGAUAUUCAAAUGGAAAUUCUGCUCAGUUAGAGCAGCAGUUCAUCAAAACAGGUUUUUUGCUAAAGGUGAGGCAGCAAUGUCCUUGGAAGUCCGAUUUGUAGGUUGGAAAUGUGGUAGGCUCACUUUUAAUGUACAAAUGACCUUUAUUAAAAAAUGAGUGGCUCUGUAUAGCUGAUUGGUUUUUCCACCUGGAAGCAUUUGUUUCUACUUUGACUAUGACUGUUUUUUUGGACAGUUUAUUUGUUGAGAGUGUGACCAAAAGUUACAUGUUUGCACCUUUCUAGUUGAAAAUAAAGUAUAUAUUUUUUCUA